CAGGGUUGAGGUGUCUCCGGUCUGGUUUCCUGUCUGGGCCGGUCCCUUUCGCUGUGUGAGGAAGCGCUGCUGCUCGCGUCCAGCUCCGCUCUGUGCUGCAGUGGAUUAGGCAGCUGCAUUCAUUUAAAGGUAGUGCAGCGAGCGCGCAGGAGCCUCCGUCAGUGUGCCAGUGCCCGGGCUUCACCAUGCAGCGCAUCUACAUGCACAGCAAUGAGCACUUUGAAGUCUUCACCACCGUCCUCGCCCCAGUAGAAAUGACUGUGGUUGAAAUGACCUUUGUGCUGAUUCAUUUCGAUGAUUAACAGGGAGGUAUCGAUACAGAGCAGAAGCUGAAAAGAUGGUGGUGGUGCACAGCUACAGGCCCCACUGGCCCGACGAGCUGGAGCUGUCUGCAGGUGACGUCAUCCUGGUGCUGUCCAAACAUGAGGAGGGGAGGUGGUUCGGGCGGCUGCAGGGCGGCCAGCGGGGCUACUUCCCCGCCUCCUGUGUGAUGGAGCUGAGCCAGGUGAACCUCAGCACCAAAGGCCUCCAGAGAAGCGCAUCCGUAAAAAGCUCAGCAGCUGACAAUGAUUCAGGCCUACGCGCUCGAUAUGGAAAUGGACACAUUCUGCAGGCCCUCAGGAGGGGGAGCCGAGGGGGUGGCGGCGCGGGGCCGGAAGGGGGCCGGGGUGGGAGCGAGGGCCCCUUUCUGGUGCGGAGGCCCCCGGUGCCUCAGCCCGCGGCCUCCCAGGCUCCGACGCACAGAUCCCCCAGCCUGCUCCACAGGAUUCUGUCCAAGUGCCGGAAAAAGAGCGACCGCCAGGGCGCCACCAACGGGGCCUUUGAGAGCGACUGAGGGGUCUCCCUCUGCGUGUGGCGGUGGCCCAGAUGCGGCCGCCGUGGAGGGCCUGCUGCAGGAAGGCCGGCGGCCGAGCGACGGAGCUGCUGGAAUGCAAAGACGGGUCAUUAAUAUCCUAUAUUGCAGCAUUUUCCUGUUGCCAUAUCAGCUUUCUCUUAGAAGCUAGAGGCCGAAUGAGGAAUGUGCAUGCACGCCCCCGUUGGUGAUGUCAGAGAAGGUGUUCGGCCUCUCAGAUGAGAUGCACAGCACCUGCUGUGACACCAGUGAUGGUGGAGCCGCCGCUGAUGUCUGCAAAUGCCAAAUAUGCUUCGGAUAUAUCAAAUCAUUGCAACAUGCUGUGUGUAUUUAAAGCAGUAGCAGCAGUCUGUGGCAACUUGUGAACUAACGCUACCUAAAUGAAAUGAUGUAUGCACAGCAAGUCGUGUGUAACUGCAUAAUAUGCAAUGCGUUGUUGAUGUUGUGGCUAUAAAACCAGCAAACCCUCCCUGUC